AUGAGGUCACCGGAGUCCGACCAUCACAUAUUGCGACUGGCUAAGGAAGUCAUUACAGCCCCUUCAUUAAUUUCUAUUCCUGGACCUUUUUUGGCCCGCUUCACACGACUAUGGUACUUUAACCGAGUUUUGAGCGGAAAUUUCGACAAGGAAAACCUCGAUCUUCAUAAAAAGUACGGACCUAUUGUUCGACUAUCGCCAGGUCACUAUAGCAUCAGUAAAAAAGCAGAUGUAAAGACUGUGUAUGGUGCGGGGUCCCGUUUCACCAAAGCAGCUUGGUACGAUGCAUUCAAAGAGCCUUCGCCGCAUAAUUGGUCUGUCUUUACAGAUCGAGAUAACAAAAGGCACAGUGAAACACGCAGAAAGUUUAGCAGCCUAUACUCUAUGAGCUCCCUUCUUCAUUAUGAGGGCUUUGUGGAUGCAUCUGCCAGCAUUUUCAUGGAGAGAUUAAACGAGUUCGCACAGAAAGAAGAGACAAUUGACUUUCACCAUUGGCUUCAAUGCUAUGCAUUUGACGUUAUUGGGCAAAUCACAUUCGGACAACGAUUUGGAUUUCUUAAUAAAGGAGAAGACAUCAUGGGCGCAAUAAGUACUGUUCGACAAAUACUCGUAUUCAGCUGCUUGGCCGGAAUAUACGUUGAGUGGUAUCCUCUUCUAUACAAAUUGAUGAAUUCCCUCCCCGGUUCCGGACCUAGAGGCCUCUUGUUCAUCAUCAACUUUGUGGUCGACAAAGUUCGUCAAUUGAACGAAAAACGUAUACAAGGCGGCGAAAAUCCUUCCGAAACCACGAUUCCUAAAACUCAAGAUUUUAUGGAGCGCAUGGCAGUUGCAAGAGACGAGAAUCCUGCGAAGAUAACCGACUACCAUCUUCAGAUGAUGGGUAAUUCAAAUGUGAUCGCUGGCUCAGACACAACUGCCAUCACUUUGUCGGCUAUUAUGUACUAUCUUCUGAGGACACCACAUGUCCAUUGUCGGCUCCGACGUGAGAUUGAUGAGUUCACCAGCCAGAAUCGAUGCAGUGAGCGAAUUACUUUCAAAGAAAGCCAGGAAAUGCCUUAUUUGCAAGCUGUGAUAAGAGAGGCGCUCCGCAUGCAUACCGCCACGGGCUUGCCGUUGUGGCGCGAGGUUCCGUCCGGUGGUGCUGAGAUCAAUGGAUAUUUCAUACCUCAGGGCUCUGCCAUUGGCAUCAAUACGUGGGUCGCGCAUUAUGAUGAGGAGUUCUUUCCAGAUGCGAAGUCUUUCAUUCCAGAGAGAUGGAUUGAGGGGAUCACAGAUGCUGAGCAGCUUCGUAAAAUGAAUGAGAUGUAUAUGCCUUUUGGCCUUGGAGGGAGGACCUGUCUUGGGAAGCACAUCUCUACCCUGGAAAUAUACAAAUUGAUCCCUCAGCUGAUUCGUGAUUUUGAUUUUGAAUUGGAAAACCAAACUUGGACUACUGAGAAUUUGUGGUUUGUGAAGCCCAUGGACUUUCGGGUUAAGGUUUUGUUAAGAAAGCAAGAGUAG